CAUAUCCUACAACUUCCGGUUUCACUUCAUCGAAGCAAUGUAACUUUAUGAAUGCGGAAGAAGAAUCAUUUGGUGUGAAAGUAUUCCAGUCGGUUUUCUUGAUAUAUUGCUGUUACAAGUUCGGUCGUGCAUCACUUCCACAUGUGUAGGGAGGUGGGGUUAUAUAAUAGAUCCUAGCCUGUUUCAAGAAGACAUGACGCUGUGAAGUGCAGUAACAGUCAGUAAAACAACAAUGUUUCGUGCCACUGCUGAAAAGUUUACGAAAAGUGUAUCCUCAAAUGGCGACACCUUCAUACCAGUGGAGUCUAUCACAAGCGCCCACGAUCUCAAACUCCUCCAGAUUGUGGUCAAAGAGAUUAAACGACACUGCAUUUUCUUUAAAAAAGUGACAUACAAACCAUACAAUUUUGAGCUGAGUGAUGUACUGUUAAAUUCCCAUGUACCAAUGCAUGUUGACGAGAAUACCCAAGAGGGCUUCUGUAAGUGGCACAGGACUAUAGAACUAUCCCUAAGUGGGAAAUUUGGAGUCGCUAUUCUGGAAGAAUUGGCAGAUGUGACGUUAUCAUCAUCGGACACUGUCAAUAUUGAGGCUAAUUUAGGUCAACUCAACCUUGUUAAGCUGAACUCCGCUAGUCUGGAACAAGGACUUAUUAAAAGGAGGAUUGAUUUGAGCCAUGUCCUGAUAGAGCAAAUCCGUUUCAAGAGAAAGAGAGUUUUAUGUGUGGUCCAGAGUAUCGUCAAACUGGCUCAAGAUGCGGAGGUCAAGAGAACAGAUAAAAUAGAUAUCGGCGGCGGGAUAAACACCAGAGUGCCGGUAUGCUGUAUACAGGGUGGCAGUGAAAGCAGCGUGAGUGCCACUGGGUCUAUUAUCGACGACACAAUAGGUGAUAUAGGUCUCCUGAAAGCCCAGCCAAUAGCAUACAAGGUAUGGGAGCUCCAAGUGGAUAAAUACGGAGGAGGGAUUGUACCUUGUAUCACGGAGGAUAUUCCUGGUGGAUUUAUGAACAAGGAAGACAUUAUAGGCCGUCCCCCUAUACCAGCAAGUACCAUUGAUGUAAACAAUACUGAUGGCCUAGAAACUGAUGGCGCUGGCCCUGGUACCGUUGCUCGGAUUUCCGUAUCUGGUCCUGUCGACCCCCCAGACAAAGUUUGCCGAAUUCUGAAACCUCUGUUUUCCAUGCCAGAGAUACAAAGAGAGAAAAUCAACGAUUUGCUUUUCCAUGCUUCAACAGAAGAUUUUGAAAAGUUGGACAUUCUUUUUGACCAGGUAGAGAACAGAUUUCAUGAUCCCAAUACUGAGGACAAACUAUCUUUUCACGGAAUCUCAGAUUUAAAAUUCAAGGACCAGGACAUUUGUUGUAACUUUCUUACUCUGGCUGGAUUUGAACUGAAGGAAGAUGAAAAUAAGAUGACAUCACCUGCAGCAUGUACUCCAGCUUUUGAAGCAUGCUGCCACCUGAUGGAGGCCAUGACAGAGCUACCGGAAGAUGUGAUGUCACUGGUCCGAGGCUGCAAGUCUAGUUUAUGUCCGACUUUGCUUCACGUGAUUGAACAGUUCUUGAAUGGAAGGCCAAUGGUGGAGUUAACUCGAUAUGUUGAGGAGCUGGCCCGCGAUCCCAUGGGAAUGGAACUACUGAAUACCUUAAACAUUAAGGUGGACAUGGAAAGGAAAAAUCCACUGAUAGCUCGGGAUGGGGGACUCAAUGAAUGUGUGGAUGAACUUUAUUGGUGGUUGUGUGCAACACAUAUGCGGUAACAUCGCACUUAGAAAUAUCAUUUAUAGUGACAUUACACUUAGUGACAUCACACUCAGUGACAUCAUACUUAGUGACAUCAUACAUAGUGACAUCACACUUAGUGACAUCAUACUUAGUGACAUCAUACAUAGUGACAUCAUACAUAAUGACAUCAUACAGUGACAUCAUACAUAGUGACAUUAUACAUAGUGACAAUAUACAUAGUGACAUCAUACAUAGUGACAUCACACUUAGUGACAUCAUACUUAGUGACAUCAUACAUAGUGACAUCAUACAUAGUGACAUCAUACAGUGACAUCAUACAUAGUGACAUUAUACAUAGUGACAAUAUACAUAGUGACAUCAUACAUAGUGACAUCACACUUAGUGACAUCAUACUUAGUGACAUCAUACAUAGUGACAUCAUACAUAGUGACAUCAUACAGUGACAUCAUACAUAGUGACAUUAUACAUAGUGACAAUAUACAUAGUGACAUCAUACAUAGUGACAUCACACUUAGUGACAUCAUACUUAGUGACAUCAUACAUAGUGACAUCAUACUUAGUGACAUCAUACUUAGUGACAUCAUACAUAGUGACAUCAUACAUAGUGACAUCAUACAUAGUGACAUCAUACUUAGUGACAUCAUACAUAGAGACAUCAUACAUAGUGACAUCAUACAAAGUGACAUCACACAUAGUGACAUCACACUUAGUGACAUCAUACUUAGUGACAUCACACAUAGUGACAUCACACAUAGUGACA